AUGCCGCCUGGUCGAGCGGUUUCCCCGCUUUCCCUGGAAACAUAUUCGCCUCCACCUUCAAACAAUGACAUCGACGAGAUUGUCGGUUCCGAUGAGGAGUUGGAUAAGGCGGGUCGUGCAGCCCAGCGCCAGAGAAUUCAGAAGCUUGCCGACGCCUACAAUGAAGGAAAGCCGCUCUUUAUUCUAUCCGCCUCUCUGCGCGGCCCGUUCGACGACGGAUGGGUAAAUCCGUGGAAGAAGAAUCGCAGGCGAAGGCCCGCAACGACACCUAUUGUCGAACAGCCACACCACCAGAAAAGGAGCAAUAGCCCCGUCGUCGAAGAGACCAACCCCCGCAAACGGAGACAACACCAUGGUCCAGAGUCCCGCAAUGCGAGACCUUCUCCCAGUCCAGCAAGGCGAACCGCCGAACAUAGGAAGCCCCGUUUAGCAGGAGGUAGUAGCCCUCAUAUCAAGGCCCUGUCCGACAAACGUAGCCGAGCGUCGGUCUCGCCGCCUACAGCGAAGAGAACCCUGCCAUGGAUGCGGACGAAGGAGCCGAGUCCCCUUCAAUACCAGCCAACUCCUGUCAAACAUACAGGUGAAAGCUGGCUAAAGAAGGAUCGAAAGAAAACGGGGUUUCAAACGAUUGACCCGCCCACCUCCCCCACGACAUCCAUCUCCUCCCGUCAUUUUGAGAUGAGGAAUCGCCCGACGAAGCUCACUCGCACCCAACACCAGCCGGAGGACGCUAAUGAUAUGCAUGAGGAGCUAUUGUCGAGAGUUCGGGAAGGGGCGGCUACAUCAUCUCCCAGAAAGUUACCUGGGGUCCCGACUGGGAACAAAAUUGCCAAAGGCACGAGCCCUAGGUCACACAUAAGCGCAGGACAACAUUCUUCUCCUUCGGGUUUAUCAAAAGGCACCUUCAAUGCGAACAAUCCUGGGAACUCGCUCUAUGUUUUGCCCUCACAAUCACAUUUACCAAAAUUCGAAUUCCGUCGGAAGUCCCGCGUACCUGCUAGUUCAUCGCCUCAGAAACCAUUUGUGAUGAAGGAUGGCAAGGACGAGUCCGGUGUGGACCCUACAUUGGAAGACAUGGAAGUCGAAACUCAACACGGCCUACAAGAAAAGUCUCAACUAGAUCCGAAUGCUCAGGAAUCUGCCACCGUGGAGAACGACUCGCACACAGUUCAGAACACCUCGAAGUCAGACAUGGGAAAUUCUCGAGGAGACACCAACCCGACAGGAGCUCAUAUGAGCGAGAGAAUGCCCUCUGCUCAACAAGUGAGCGGGGCUCCUACCAUGACCGGCUACGUGACAUCUUUACAUUCAACGGCUGCCCCAAAAAGCAACGCGGAUGAAGGUACGAUGCCGGAUCCCCAAUUCUCAACACAGGCAGCCCUUCUUCUCGCACAGAGAUCCUUUCAGGACGAUCUCGAAAGCCCAGAACAUGUUCUUGCAGCCUCCCAAGGUCAGACACACGCCUCUCCAGGCAAAGACCCAGCCCCCGGUGCAACCAUCACACCAUUCCGCCAGCUUGGCUUGUCUACCAGAACCAAAGAAACCGAUCACUCCAAGGCACCAGACACUUCGCGAGAUCAGAUGCUGAGCACACAAUAUAUGAUCAAUGCCGCCACCCCAUUUGCAUUUAGCACGGAAAAGAAGUCGACAGACAAGAAUGACUACUGUCUGACAUCACUGAAGAAACCCACAGGUAGAGGCAAACAAAAGGCUACUAGUUUCAAUAUUUCGACCCCAUCUUUGGGGGGGAAUGCUCCAGAGCCACUGAAAUCUGGUAUUGAAAGGGUUCCAGACUCGAUGCCUCGGCGAUCUCCUGAGGUGCAAGGAUACGCUACUGAAUCUCAGCCUAGCUAUCGCGGAAGCUGGGAGCUGGCUUCAGCAAAGCUUUGA